AAGUGUCAAUUUCCGUCUUGUUUGUUUACGUUGCUUACCUUCUUUUUUUUUAUAAAAACUUUCCAACGUUUCCCUAAAGUCUAAAAGUCUAAAAAACUCUUUUAAAUCCUUUCAAUAAAAUAAAACCUAAUUUUGAAACUUGAAAUAAAUUCAAAAGUAUGGAAAAGUGAAUUAAAAUAGUGUUUAAAAUUCGGUCUCAAUAAUUUAUUUUUUCGCUAAUUAUGUCCGAGAGCGGGAAAUUUGUGAUUCGUCCAAAAGUUCGAUUCUGUCAGUGGGAAGACGAAGAAGAAGAGGAGCCGUUUCUUCCCGUCAGGAAGCCGACAAUUAAAAAUAUUGUGACAGUUGAAAAACCUUAUAAAAUUCUUUCCCUCGAUGACGAUAACAAUGAUGAUGACGAUAACGGUGGUAAAUUAACAGAGAAACGAGAAGAAAAUUCGCCUGUAAAUUAUUACCCGGUGUUGAAAAAUAGUGAUCAGGAAUAUUUUAGUCCUUCUGUCGAUUCGUCCUUCUCGUCCUUAUCGAAAGACGAAGCGGAAAAUCCACAAUUAAUUCAAGUCGACGUUCACGCUGAGGAUGAGAAAAUUCCCCCGGACUUCGAAGACGAGGCGAAGGCUUUUUCGAAUUCAAAGGAGCAUUUAUUUACCGACACAGAAUUCACAACAAAUUCACAACAGAAAAUAUUAAUCGAAAAUGGAAAAAUCGACCAAGGUAAUAAAAUUUUUAAAAGGGGAAAUUUGUCUACAAUUCAGGAGCAAUCGCUCGAAAUUCCCUUGAAUUCGACUCAAGAGUUUGAAGCGAUUGAAGAAAGGGAAGAAACACAGGAGGAACAAGAAUUGAAAAAAGUGAAAAAACCUUUAGAAGAAAAAGAAAUUCCUGAGACGAAGAAAAAAUCUGUGUCAACCCUGUCGAGGAGACAAUUAAAUUCUAUAAAUCGACUGUCAAAGGCAAAAUCGCCGAAGAAAUUUCAGAAUUCACAGGAGAAUUUAAAAAUUCGCAGUGCACGGCCUUUGGGUUUUAUACAGAGAAGUUCGACGUCGACGAGACCAAAAGUUGCGGGUGUUAUGCCGUGUUUAAAAUCGAAGGUGAAAGCAAAUGGAAAAUAUUCACCGAUGAAAAAAACUGUUUUACGAAAUAUUUCUGUGAAACCGAAAUCGAAAUUUUUUGUCACUCCCGGAGUUUCUCGACCUUCUCGUAAAGAAUUGAAUUUUAAUUCAAAUGAUGAGAAUGGUGGGAUGGAGAAUGGUAAAUUCAGGGGGGAAAAAUUGUCGAAACCGGAGUAUAAUUCGAUUAUGAAUACAAUUAAUAAAUUAAAGGAGGUGCAGAAGGAGAAUAUUAUUACUGACGUUGAGCAUUUGCCUCCGAUCUACAAGAGUUUGGUCAAUGGAAAGGUGGCGCAUUCCUUGGAUUUUCCCCCGGACGAAAUAAUCUUCAAAAAUUUGAUUAAUUUGUCAAUAGACGAAACGGAAUUGCCAACGAGAUUCACGAGAAGUAAAGAUCCAGAGCCAAGGCAACGUGACGCAAUUCCAAAAUUGUCGGACUUCUUUCAUCCAAAAUAUGCGGACGAAUAUUGCACGGCCGUUUGUGUGAAACCGAGAAAUUCAGAGCAAACGGAAAAUUGGAACGCUUUUCGAGUGAGUGACAAAAUUCGCAGUUGGAAAUGGAAUAUGGACUUUGUCCACUAAUCUCGAUUGAAAAAAAAAGAAAA